CACCCGGAAGUGGGGCAUUGGAGGCCGUCGGCCAGCGGUGACCCGGAAGUGGGGCGCUGUGGGCGGAGGCGGCGGCGAUGAAGCGGAUGGAGCCGGACCCGGAGCGGCAGCGGUUCCCGCACAGCUUGGUGUGGACUCCCAUUCCCGUGCUGUCUUGGAUCUUCCCCUUUAUUGGGCACAUGGGAAUCUGCACCCUCUCUGGCAUCAUCCGUGACUUUGCGGGACCCUACUACGUCUCUGAGGACAACAUGGCGUUCGGCAGCCCAACCAAGUACUGGCAGCUGGACCCCGCCAAGGUUUACGCCAUGGGAUCAAACCCCUGGGACACGGGUGUGCUGGAGGCGUCCGAGGAGUACAAGCAUCGGAUGCACAACCUGUGCUGCGAUAACUGCCACUCCCACGUGGCCAUGGCCCUGAACCUGAUGCGAUACGAAAACAAGACCUCCUGGAACAUGGUGAAGCUCUGCUUCCUGAUGCUGGUGCACGGUCGCUAUGUCAGUUUUUCAGGAUUUCUCCGUACCUGGCUGCCCUUCCUGCUGAUCCUCACUGUCACUCUCGCCGUCGUACUGGCCUUCAGUCUGAGGUGAUCCAGCACGGCCGGAAACACUGGAGGCCUCCUGGGACCGCGGCACCCUGACUCUCUUCAUUCCGUCCGGUGACUCCCAGCUCAUCGCUCGCCUCUCCCGACUGAUACACGGCUCUGUACUGGACCCGCCCCAGGGGCAGGGGGCUGACGGCCAGCGCGGCGCAGAGAGAUCUCCGCACUGCCCCUUUCCCAAAGAGCACACCACACGUCGGACAUUCGGGGUGGUAUGGUCUCCACUCCAGUGGUAUGACGGUUUCUGCCCAAUCCUUUAUUUUACUCCAACAAUUAAGACUCUAAUGCAAAAGUUAAACGGUGCGAACGUUCAACUCGACCCUUUUCCAAUCUCUGGAUCCCCCUGAACCAAACCCAUUGUUGGAACGAUAUGCGUCAUCGUCACCCACCCCGGCAACGUUCCACCUCCUGCCCCCAAUCCCGCCACCCACGAUGUCAGGUCCGGAAAUCUUCACCAGGACUGGGUAUCUCUCACCUUUAAAUUCCCAACGGCCCAGACCCCACUCCCCACCCCCCACCCUGUUUGUACUCUCCGGAUGCCCUUUGAAAUCCCCGGAAACCCUGUUUUCUGCCACCUUUAAAACCCGCUGCUCCCUACAGACUCACCACUUCCCCACUCCCUUUAAUCUCCCCAGGACUCCAUUUGCCAUGCCUUGUAUCCUGGACCCCGUUCCCCGCUUCUUUCAAACUCUGAGAACCCACCCCCCCCACUUAGCCUCUCCCCUUCAAAUCCGCCGGACUCCCUUCCUUACACACAGGAAACUGUAUUAUUUUACUGGGUUACAUCUAAAUAAAAAGAACUAAAAGUGUA